AUUAUUAUUGUUAUAUUUGAAUUUAAGGUUAACCAAGAAUUUAUUUAUAGAUACAGAAAUAAUAUUAAACUAGCAAUAAAUUUUCUUAUCGCUGGAAAUAACGUACCUACUUUGUUAUGAAAUAAUAUUACAGUAUGCUGCAUUGUAUCAUCAGAGUGUUUAUAAAUUUGAAAUGAACCCAACUGAUAGAAGUGUUUCAAUUAAAUUUUAAUGGAUUUAUUACAGUCUAUUUUACGCACUUGCCGUGCAGAAGAAUAUACUGAAAACUUUAAAAGCAAUGAUAUUGAUGCAUUUACUUUAAAAAUUCUAAACGAUGAAGAUUUGAAAAUCAUAGGCAUUAAAGAAGAAGAUGUAAGAGAAUCGAUUUUAAAACAGGUGUCAAAUUUGCAAAUACCCUCCGAGAAGAAAGUGGAUAUUAUAGUUGAUCGGCAAUAUGCUCUAGUGGUAUUAAGUACUAUGUCUAUGCAUCUCACCAAACAUUUGGCAAAUUUAACUUAUGCCCUAAAGAGAGAAGAUAUAGACUUGUGCGAUAUAAAAGUAGCUCCAGCUGUAGAUUGCCUACAACAUUGCCUCAUGUCUUUGGAACGGCGGUUAUCAGAAUUUGACAAAAAAAUUUUCAACAUGGAAAACAGUAAGAAAAAAAAAUAUCACAUAGUUUUCCCGACAGUGGCGGUGACAGCACUGGUGUUGUUUGCUUGUGCAAGGUAUUUUAAAUAUUUACAUAAAUAGAGUAGAGAAUAAUUUUUAUCAUAUAAAUGUAAUUUCCGUUCACUAAAACUUACAUACAGAAGAGACGCUAUGCAUAAUGUAUUUGUCAAUUAAGUAUGUUCAAAAUAUUUUAAAUAUAUUUUGUUUA